UUAGGCAAGCCCUAAUUAAAUUUUUGUAUUUUAUAGUUUAUAUUUAAUAGUUAAUCGAACUGUAUUCGGUGUGAUUGUUUUCAGUUACUAAUAAGUGUGUUUAGUUAGUUAAAUCUUUAAGCUUAAGUGUAAAUUAUGGAUGAACUGAGUUGUAAAGAAGUGAUGGAUAUGAGCGAUGUGGAUCAUUCUACAGAUGACCAUAAGGAUAUUGAUGAGAAACCAAAGAAAAAGAAGAGGAGACGCCGUGAGAUUGAUAUGAUCAAGCUCUCGGACGAUGAUGAAACUGACGAUGAAGGGGUGGCCAAGAAGGUGCAUCGCAGACUGAGUCCUGGUCCUAACUCUAGGGAGCCUCGUACUUGUGUACUUAAGGCUUCCCAAAAGCGUCGCCCCCUCUCCCGCCUCCUGGAACAGCUGCUCCGUAACCUGGAGAAGCGGGACCCUCACCAGUUCUUCGCUUGGCCGGUGAACGACAACUUCGCUCCUGGCUACUCGGAUAUCAUCCGAAGGCCUAUGGACUUCUCCACUAUUAAGCAGAAGAUAGAUGACAAUGAGUAUAAGUCGCUCAAUUGUUUUAUUAGCGACUUCAAGCUAAUGUGCAACAACGCCAUGAAAUACAACAAGGCGGGCACUGUCUACCAUAAGGCGGCCCGGAGGCUCCUCCACACCGGGCUCAAGCAGCUCACUCCGCAGAAGCUGAGGCCUAUGGGAGAUCUCCUCACAUACAUGUAUGAGAUACCCAUUAGGGAGCUCGGAUUUGAUAUCGGGAAGAUGGAUGUGCCUCUUAGGACGUACGGGCGAAAGAAGGUGCUGAAACGUUCGAGCCCCAUCAAGUCCGGGGGCUCAGAGGCCGAAGUGGUCUCAGACGGGGCUGAGAGGCCGGAUGGAGACUGUGUGAAGCUCCAGAUGGAGGCCGCUAGAGAGCAGCACCGCAGGAGGCUGGCUAAGAAAGCAUUCCCAAAUAUGGACGCCGAAGGCAAAACGACGCUCAACCUCGUCACAAAUACCGUAGACCCAACUACACCAGCGGAGGAGCGGCCUAUCACACUUGGACAGUAUAUUGGCAAGCUUACUCAAGGCACUGGCGCGUUGUAUGCUCCUCGUGAAGACCGCCGUAACUUAGUGAAAGGCGUGAAACCGCUGAACUACGGGCCUUUUAGCUCCUUCGCGCCUUCCUACGACGGCACCUUCGCUACGCUCACUAAAGAGGAGUCGCACCUGCUCUACCAUACUCUACCGUCGGAAACAGGACAGGGCAAUGAAGAGAUGCUCCGCUUUGCCCCGGACUCCCCUUGGAACCUGUUCUACGACAUGGAAGCGUUGUUCCCUGAUAAGAAGAAGGAACAAGAACAGUCCAGUCAAGAAGAGAAGGACAUAGCAUCACUGAAAGUAGACGUGGAACAGCUAAAGACGCUCUCUGAGUUGGGUAUAGACGUGGACUUCCUAAAUGAUGUGGAAGAGGAUAUAGCCGCUUCGCAACACGACUACGGAAUAGCUACGGCCUUGAAACACACCUGUGAGGUGCUGCAGAAACUUGAGAAAGAACAGAGAGAUCGACUGUCAACAACUCCGCCGUGGCACCUGGCUCUGGCCGCGCGCGCCGGCGCCAACGAGCGCGAGCUGGCGCGCCAGGCAGCCGGCUGGCUGCGCGGCAUGGCGGCUAAAGUUCCGCCCGCCGGGUUGGCUCCGCUGCAACGGAUUAGAAAAGCUAUGGGGGUUACUCUCGACCAUCUGGAUACUCCAAUGGCCGUAGACGACUUCGAAAUGGAACACGACCACGCCUCAGACCCGGACUCACGCUCUUCUCACGACAAAUAACUUAAAAACAAAAAAAAUCACGACAAAACACAAUUUAAGACGUAUUUAGAUUAAAAAAAAUGACUCAGACCUAGAAAAGAGCAUCGCACCUUCAACACCUCUGGUAUUUCGGGUGAACUAGGGUAGUUUUUUUUUAAAUAUGUCUUAUUUUGUGGUUUGUCAUCUUCAAAGACUCAUCUAUUAUUAUGAUUAAAAUAGUUAUUACUAAGCAAAUAAACUACAUACUAAAA